AACCGGUUCACCCCUGCCCGGCUCCGAAAAAACGACACCGUAAGGCUAUCAGGAUACGUACGUGUAAUCAAACAAACGUACGUAUAUAGAUGGUGUGGCAGGGGGGAAGAAAUUUUUAUAUUUCUUUAUAACCAAAAAAAAGGGUCAUAAUCUUUGUCCCCCCUCCACUGAUCUUUUCUUUAGUCUGUACAGUCUUUUUAUCAUUAAUAUUAUCAUUCUCCCGGAUCUUCUCUCUUUUCUUUUGAAUUUGUGUAUUUUGUAUGAACGGAAGCGUAUUUUUGUAUUUUCUGGGGUGGAUUUUGGUGGUAGUAGUAGCAGUAGAAUACUACUGCUAUACUCUUUUGAGUUAAGAACUCAUAAAUGGCGGAGAUAUGUUGCGAGGUAAUGAGUGAUCAGAGCGAGGGAUCGUCUGUGUGCGAGACCACUAGCUCCCGUGCUGCCCGGAAGAGGAGGAUGGAGAUUCGGAAGAUUAAGUUUGGUGUUUCCGGUCACCCGGUGGCGGACACGGCGGAUAAUUUGAAUUUCGGUGCUAAACGAAAGAGGCUGGAUGUCUGUCCGGAGGCGGAGUUCUCCCGGGAAUGCGAUAACGCCGUGGAGAAUUCCGUCGGCGGAGAUCAUCAUCAUCAUCCGGUUAUCCAGCUGCAAGGAACGCCGGUUGGUAUGAAUAAGACCUUGACGAUGGUGAAGCCGGCGGCGGUGGAAUCGGAACCGUUUCCUAAAUUUGGAAUGGCGUCGGUUUGUGGACGGCGGCGCGAUAUGGAAGAUGCGGUGGCGAUUCGCCCUUCAUUUUGCUGCGGCGGAGGAGAUGAUGAAACCUCCGCCGCCGCCGCCGACGACGUCUCCACCGGGUUGCAUUACUUCGCCGUUUACGACGGUCACGGCUGCUCACAUGUUGCGACGAAAUGUAGAGACCGGAUGCAUGUGCUGGUGAAAGAGGAACUGGAGGUGGAGAGCAGAGAGGAGAUUGGAGAAUGGAAAAACGCCUUGCAACGGAGUUUCAGGCGGAUGGACAAGGAAGCGGUUACUUUUAACACCAGCUUAAUCGCCGCCGCCAACUGCCGCUGCGAGCUCCAGAGCCCCGAGUGCGACGCCGUCGGCUCAGCCGCCGUCGUCGCCCUCGUCUCGCAGGACCAAAUCGUCAUCGCCAAUUGCGGGGAUUGUCGGGCCGUUCUUUGCCGCAACGGCAAGCCAAUCCCCUUAUCAGUGGAUCAUAAGCCGGAUCGUCCGGACGAACUUGACCGGAUCCAAGCCGCCGGUGGCCGUGUUAUAUCCUGGGAUUGUCCACGUGUCGAAGGUGUUCUCGCCAUGUCCAGAGCCAUAGGCGAUAAUUAUUUGAAACCGUACGUGAGUUGUGAGCCGGAGGUAACGAUAACGGAGCGGACAGCGGAGGACGACUGUUUGAUACUCGCCAGUGACGGAUUAUGGGACGUAAUUUCGAACGAGACGGCUUGCGGCGUCGCGAGGAUGUGCCUCAAGGGGAAAGUUCCGGCGGGAAAUUCGGCGUUUUCAGUCGCCGCCGGGGAGGCGGAGAGCAUCGGGAAUGAGAAGUCAGACAAGGCUUGUUCCGAUGCGUCGAUGCUGUUAACGAAGCUGGCUUUGGCCAGGCGGAGUUCUGACAACGUUAGCGUCAUCGUGAUCGAUCUCAGGAAGGAACCAAGUGUAAAUAAUUUUUAAUAAUUUUUUUUUUCUUUUCUUUUUCUUACUUUUUUGACUAAUCCUUCGAUGCCAGCAAAUCUCAAAUCAACCUGUGAAUCUUCGUAGUUUUUAAUGUUAAUUCCUUAAACUAGUUUUAACCUUUGUUUUCUAAAGGGCUCUCC